AUGUUCUUGUUCACAGAUCACACCAUCCAGUCGGUGUUCUGCUGCUGCUGCUGCUACACGGUGCAAAAAAGAGCAAUGAGAACAAAAAUGAACCUGGACUCUGACACUGGCCUGGUGACCCAGUACUCGGCCUCACAGCCAGACGUUUCCUAUGCAUCUACAUGGAAGUGCAGGCGUAAGAGGCAAUUGCGGUCAAAGAACAAGCCGUUACCUCCUCUACCUGCCGAGGCCUUGGAAGACUACACCAAAAAACCUAAAGUUAUUGCACUCUAUGACUAUUUUGCUAGAGGACCCUCGGAUUUACCGCUCAGGAAGUCAGAAGAAUACAUUAUCCUCGAACAGUAUGAUCCCCACUGGUGGAAGGCAAGAGACCAACAAGGGAAUGAAGGUUUAAUUCCCAGCAACUACGUUACUGAGAACAAGAAAAGUAACUUAGAAACAUAUGAGUGGUACUGCAAAAACAUAAACAGAAGCCAGGCAGAACUUCUUUUGCGCCAGAAGUCCAAAGAAGGUGCAUUUGUUGUCAGAGAUUCGAGUCAGCAGGGACUCCUUACGCUGUCCGUGUAUUCGCUGGCUAAAGGAAGCCAUAAUGGAGACAUUCGACAUUAUCAAAUUAAGAGAAACCACUUGGGACAAUAUUACGUAGCAGAAAAAUAUCUCUUUUCAUCUGUUCCUGAACUCAUCGAGUAUCAUCGACACAACGCUGCAGGUCUUAUCACUCGUCUCCGACAUCCCGUUGGAUCAACCGGAUACUCUCCACCAGCAGCAGCAGGGUUUAGUCACGAGGAGUGGCAAUUAAACCCAUCUGAACUGACGUUCAUGAAAGAACUUGGGCGCGGGCAGUUUGGCGUCGUUCAGCUCGGUAAAUGGAAAGCAACCAUCAAGGUCGCCAUCAAAACAAUCAACGAAGGUGCAAUGUCAGAAGAUGAUUUCAUCGAGGAGGCCAAGGUGAUGAUGAAACUCUCCCACCCGAAGCUGGUCCAGCUUUACGGAGUGUGCACGUGUCAGAAGCCUCUCUACGUUGUGACCGAAUUCAUGGAGAACGGCUGCCUGCUCAACUACCUUCGGCAACGGCGAGGGAAACUCAGCAGAGACGUGCUGCUGAGCAUGUGCCAGGAUGUGUGCGAAGGGAUGGAACACCUCGAAAGAAAUAGCUUUAUUCACCGUGAUUUAGCUGCAAGAAACUGUUUAGUCAGCGCUGAGCGCAUCGUGAAAGUGUCCGACUUCGGCAUGGCGAGAUACGUCAUUGGCGAUGAGUAUAUCAGCUCUUCAGGUGCCAAGUUUCCAAUCAAAUGGUCAUCUCCUGAAGUCUUCCAUUUCAAAAAAUACAGCAGCAAAUCAGAUGUCUGGUCAUUUGGUGUGCUGAUGUGGGAAGUUUUCACAGAAGGCAAAAUGCCUUUUGAGAGCAAGUCAAAUUCUGAAGUCGUCCGCGAGAUUUCUCAGGGCAACCGACUCCACCGACCACGUUUGGCAUCACAUACUGUGUACGAAGUCAUGUACAGCUGCUGGCAUGAGAAACCUGAAGGACGUCCUACUUUUGCAGAGUUAACAGAGACCCUCACAGAUAUAACGGAGAUGGGAUAA